AUGUCGACCCUGGUCAAGGUCCUACACCGAUUGCAAGAACUCUUCCAUAACGUGGUCGCCGCACUCGAAAACAUGAUCCUCUUCCCGUCCCUCUUCCGCGGAUUCUCGCGACGCCGCCGCAAGCCCUUCCUCGGUGCCCAUUGGAAACGCCGCUCCCUCGAUGACUUCGCCGAUGAAGUGGAAACCGCCUGCUCAACACCCCUCUCAACUCGCAACAUGAUCGAUAUGUCGGAGCAGAUCCGCGCCCAGUUCCGUGAUUGCCUACAGAACAGCCCCUGCUGCAUGCUCCCUUCCUACGAUACUACACUUCCCGCUGGCACGGAAAAGGGUACAUAUCUCGCAUUGGACGUGGGUGGGUCGACAUUCCGCGUGUCGCUGAUCGAGUUGAACGGCCGAGAUAAGGAAGUGCGCAUCCUGAAGGUGUCCUCUGCGUACAUCGAUAAUAGCGUUAAAAUGCUCGAAGGAACGAAGUUCUUUGAUUGGAUGGCAGGUCAAAUUGAGAUCGUUCUGAAGGAAGUUGGAGCCGAUUAUGGACGUGGCGAGGUGCCGCUAGCAAUGGGUCUGUCCUGGUCCUUCCCAAUCGAACAGACCUCGCACGGCAGCGGAUUGGUGAUUCACAUGGGCAAGGGUUUCAAGGCCUCCGUCGGAACGGUAGGCAUGGAGCUGGGAGAUCUUAUUAUCCAGUCAUGCCGCAAGCGCAAUUUGAACGUAGAAGUUGCGGCUAUUGUGAAUGAUGGGUCUGCGGCUCUCCUGUCGCGUGCCUAUGUCGACCCCGACACCCGCAUGUCUCUCAUUCUGGGCACCGGAACCAACAUGGCAAUCCACUUCCCGGUACAAGAGAUUGGAAAGGCCAAGUUCGGAGUCCGUCCAGAGGGCUGGUUCGACUACGCCAAGCACGUCAUCAUCAACAGCGAGAUGAGCAUGUUCGGCGGAGGCGUAUUGCCCAUGACCCGCUGGGACGAUCUAUUGAAUCGCACCCACCUACGCCCAGACUACCAGCCACUUGAGUACAUGAUCACAGGUCGUUACUUGGGCGAGAUUGUACGUCUUAUUGUCGUCGAGGCCGUUGAAACAACCCGUCUAUUCAACGGCGAGCUACCGCGCUCCAUGCGUGAAGCCUACUCCUUCGACACAAGCAUUGUCGCCUUCAUCGAGGAGGACUCCUCUGCAUCUCUUUCCGCAUCUGCCGCCCUCUUGCAAAAGCAACACAACUUCGCCAACCUCCCCUCCGUUGAAGACCUCCGGUUCCUACGCCGUGUCUGCCAAACGGUAUCCCGCCGCGCAGCAGGCUACUUGGCAACCGCCAUUCACAGCAUGUGGUGUCUACGCAACGAGGUAGAAUUCCCCACGACACCAAUGACCGACUCCCUCGAUAAAGAGUCACCCGAAAUCACCGUCGUUGAAAGCGGAGACUCCUCCAAGAACCUGUCUAUCGCCUGCGACGGCACAGUCAUCAACAAAUACCCCGGUUUCCGCGACACCUGCCAGAACUACCUGAACCAAUUGACCGAGGUGACGCACCCCGGCAUGGGAGCGGCCAUUCGCCUCAACCCCGCACCUGAGAGCGCCAUCCUCGGUGCCGCUGUUGCGGUUGCUGUGGCGAUGGCCGAAAAAGCUGCUGAGCAGUAA